AUGAUUCGCUUCAUCCUCGUACAGAAUCGUCAGGGCAAAACAAGACUAGCAAAGUGGUAUGUGCCAUUUGAAGAUGACGAGAAGGUCAAGCUCAAGGGCGAAGUCCACCGCUUAAUUGCACCGAGAGAUCAGAAGCACCAAAGCAACUUUAUCGAGUAUCGUAACUACAAGAUCGUGUAUCGUCGUUAUGCUGGCUUGUUCUUUUGCGUAUGCGUGGAUACCAAUGACAACGAAUUGGCCUAUCUCGAAGCAAUCCACUUUUUCGUCGAGGUUUUGGAUGCAUUCUUUGGUAACGUUUGCGAAUUGGAUUUGGUCUUUAAUUUCUACAAGGUGUAUGCCAUCCUGGAUGAAGUAUUUUUGGCAGGCGAGAUUGAAGAGACUAGCAAGAACAUUGUGCUUACUCGACUUGACCAUCUUGAUAAAUUAGAAUAA